AUGUUUGUUCGUAGCAUAGCUCUAAUAUUACUUCUUUUUAUCCAUGAUGCUUUUUGUCAUAAUAAUAAGAAUAUUUUACGUGGUAUCCAGAGUUCAUUGUUAUCCAUGUACAUACCGUCAAAACCGUUUACUUGUUUGGAUGGAACAAUUUCUAUACCAUUUGAAUUCGUAAAUGAUGAUUAUUGCGAUUGCCGCGAUGGAAGUGACGAACCAGGAACAUCGGCUUGUCCAAAUGGACAAUUUUUUUGUGAAAAUAAAGGUUAUGUUGGUAUAACCAUACCAUCUCAUUUUGUUGGUGAUGGAGUAUGCGACUGCUGUGAUGGCUCAGAUGAAUAUGAAAAUGAAAUUAUAUGUAACAAUACCUGCUUCGAAUUAGCAAAGAAAACAAAUGAAGAGAGAGAGAGACGACGUUUAUUACAUGAACAAGGUGUAGCAAAGAAAAAUGAAAUGAUUGCUAAAGCUGGUAGUAUAAGAAUAGAAAGAAAGAAUCGUUUAGAAGAACUCGAAGAACAAUUAAAACGUCUUGAAACUGAUUUAAAUGAAAAAGAAGAACUAAAACGACAAGCUGAAGAACCAGAAACGGCACACAAAGAUAAACAUCAGAAAGCAUGGGAAGAAGAACGAGCUAUUCGUGAGUUAGCACGUCGAGAUGAACAAAUGCAAGAUAUGUUUAAUGAUUUGGAUACCAAUCAAGACAAAUUAGUAUCCAUUAAGGAACUUCAGGUUCAUACCGAGCUUGAUAAUGACAAAGAAAACGACUUUACAGAUGAAGAAGUUAAAACUAUACUAGGAGCAGAUUCGGUUACAUUAGACGAAUUUAAUUCAACUGUAUUUGAACAAAUUUCAAAUUCUUAUCAAAAAAUUACACAAAGUGUAACAAAUGAACAAGUCUCUACUACGGAAUCCAACAAAGCAACGCCAGAACCAUCAACGGAAGAAGACCAUGGCAUAUCUGACGAAGAAAAACGUGAGCAUUCAGUGGAUGAUGAUGCACAUGACAAAAAUGAUAUGGACGAUAAUCUAGAUGAUAUCGAUACUAAAGAUGAUAUUGAUCAACCAACGUCUCUUGAUCAUACAAAACAUGUUCAUGAUGAUACAGCACCAGACUUUGAUGAUGAAACAAAGAAGUUUAUUCAGAUCGCUGAUCAGGCUCGAAAUGAUUUUAAGGAUGCAGAGAAAAAAGUGCGAGAUGUUAAAAAAGAAAUCGAGGAUUUGCAAAAGCGAGCAGAAAUGAACCUUGGUGAGCAUGAUGAAUUUAGUAUAAUGUACGAUCAAUGCUACGACUAUGAAGAAAGAGAAUAUACGUAUCGUGUGUGUAUGUUUAAAAGUGCAGUACAAAUUCCUAAAGGUGGCGGAAGUGAAGUAACGAUUGGAUAUUGGGAAUCAUGGGGUUCUGAACCCAAUAAGUAUUCUGUUAUGAAAUAUACAAAUGGUGUAUCAUGUUGGAAUGGACCUUCAAGAUCUCUAACAAUACAUCUACGAUGUGGCAUAGAGAACCGUGCUAUCGAUGUACGAGAACCAACAAAAUGUGAAUAUGCUAUGAUAUUUGAGACACCGGCUGUUUGUGAUGAAAAUAUCGGAGCCAAAUUAUCACAUCAAGAUACUCAUACCGAGUUUUGA